AUGGCUGCUGCCCAAGCAGUUCUGGUUUUGAUCGUGCACGAGGUCAAAGGAACUCCGGUCAAGGUCUCUCAACCUAGUCGCAAGACUACCAUCGUCAUAGUUCCUUGGGGAAAGCGCCUGAAUCCUCAGAUGAUUUCAUCAGUUCCACCUCCACCACCUCCCGAGCUGUCCAUCUCCCCUUCAAGAGUGUACUUUGCCAGAGGAGAGUGGGUCCAGUUGAUAUGCUCCCUCCCAGAAGGGCAGAGGGCAGUGGCGUUCUUUUUCUUUGAGAAGCCGGCAGAUGAUCCUCAGAUGAUUUCAUCAGUUCCACCUCCACCACCUCCCGAGCUGUCCAUCUCCCCUUCAAGAGUUUAUUUUGCCAGAGGAGAGUGGGUCCAGUUGAAAUGCUCCCUCCCAGAAGGGCAGAGAGCAGGGCAGUUCUUCUUUUAUGAGAAGAAAGCAGAUGGUAAUUGGACCCAGCCUCGGUCACAGAAAAAUAAUACCUUAAAACUCUUGAUUGAAUAUCUGGGGGGAAAGAAAACAUUUACCUGCUCCUACCUGGAAGAAAACUGCUCAGGACAACAGUCUGCACAGAGUAACCAUGUUGAAUUUUCCAUCACUGGGUCCCUGCCACCUGCCAGUCUUUCCCGGGAACCACAGCAACCUGUUUACACCCCAGGAGAAAAGGUUACCCUGAUCUGUUCUGCUCCUGAAGAAAGGGACGUGGCAGGAUACAGAUUCUACAAGGAACAAAAUAGUCAGAGCCUCAAGAACUUGCCAAAUCAAAGGCAGGGCCGCUAUCACGUAUUGCCUGUGAACAACGAGACUGCUGGGGAGUACAGGUGUGAAUACUUGAUGCAGGAGUCAAGACAGGAGUUGCAAUCCCCGCUGAGCAGUCCUGUGUCUCUGUCAAUUACAGACCACCCUCGACCUCCAGUCUUCUCUGUUGGCCCAAAAAAAGAUGUCUACAGAACAGAGGAAUCCAUAAAACUCAGGUGCUCGAUUUCUGAAAGACGUCAUAUAUCAAAGGUCCAGUUUUUCAAGGAUGGGGGACAGCUCAUUGAGGCCCAUUCCUCUCUGAACACCUCUACAUACCCCCUGUCCCUGCUUCCUCAACAUGGUGGAAAUUAUUCCUGCACGUACCACAUUAUGGAAUCCGGACGAGAGAUCCCAUCCGGAGAGAGCAACUUCAUCUGGAUUUCAGUGUUGGCUCUCCCACCACCCAUGAUGCCAAAGUCCUCCACUCCUGCCUGGGCUCUUCCGGGUGCUACCACCACAACCAGUCCUCCGAGAAUGUCAACACCGGUAGCUUUGCCACCAGCCUCUUCUCAGCCUGCUGCCAGCCACACCGUCAGAAUGCACUCAGAACACACGGAACCUCUUGCGUCAAGUACCUUCCAGUCCAGCUUUUCCCAGACCAAUUUGCAUCGUCGCGCCUCGGCCAGCCCCAGUCCCCAGGAUAGCACAAAAUCACCCACCUGCUGUGACAUCACAGACAACAGUGAUCCCAGAUCAACCAGAGAGACAAAAGAUGGCAAUGAAAAAGGCUCUUCUCAACCUGCUCCCAGCCACACCAUCAGAAUGCACUCAGAACACACGGAACCUCUUGAGUCAAGUACCCCCCAGACCAACUCUUCCGGAACUGCAGGUCCUUUUCUUCUCUGGCUGGCCUUUGGAUGUGCCGGAGCAGGAGGCCUCAUCCUAUUGCUGUUUCUCCUCUGCCUUUGCAGGAGGAAGUACAAAGAUAAGAGAGAGAUCUCAGCCAGGACCUACUGGGAAACGCUGGCGUUGCAACAGUCCCUGAGGAGCAAACGGUGUCCAGACCCCGUUGGAGUCGCUAUAAACCUCGAAGAAAGGAACAAGCCUGACUGGUUGCAGCCAAGGAGUGAAGACUGGGGCAGCCUACCUAAAACCAAAAGCCCCAUGUCAAAGCUCAGGCAUCCAUCAAAAGAAAAGAGAGAGGAAGAAACUGAUUCUGGAGCCGAAUUCGAAUUCUCCGAAAUUGAUCCAACAUACACGCUUCUUGGCUUCCCCUGCUCCACGUUCUUCUUGGAAAAAAACGACGAGGAAUAAUUAUAUAGCGAACCUGUCGCGUAGCCUCCUUGCCCUUCUGUAUCUUCACACCCAUGCUGGGACAGGACCCCGUCACCAGACAUCCCUCCGGAGCGGAUUAUGAACACCAAAGCAGCAACAGACCUCACCACGAAACAGAAUGUGACACGCUGUUUGAGGAGCCAAUCAGGAUGGGAGGCAGACAAGACAGGCAGAAGAAAGGACUUCUUCCCACAAUGCAUAGUUAAACUGCAGGAUUUGCUCCCACAAGAAGCAGUGAUGGCCACCAAUUGGAUAGCUGUGAAAAAAGGAUUAGAAGAAUUCAUGAGGAUAAGGCUACGAAUGGCUACUAACCCUGAUGGAUGUGUUCUACCUCUGCUGUCAGAAUACCAGUUGCAGGAAACUACUCACGUCCUGCUUGCCGGCUUCCCAUUGGGGCAUCUGGUUGGCCACUGUGAGAACAAGACGCAGGACUAGGGGGGCCUCUGGCUCUUAUGUUCUUAUGAGAGUGGGCCUGUGGAGAUGUGGGCCAUGGAGGCCUGGUCCACUGGGAAAGGCCUCUUGCACAAGCUUACAAUGAAUGGGAACUCUUAGAGGCCCAGUCCUCAGGUGUCCUUCUGCACAAGCUCCAUUGAAAUGAAUGAGAGUGGGGCAUGCACACGCAGUUCUACUGGGUGAGGAAAAUUUCCAUGCAGGUUGCAAUCUCAAGUUACAAGAUCUCAAUGAGGAGAUUCCCCGGCUCUCUCCUAUUCCCUCAUUACUGACAAAGGACUUCCACUUCCACCACCUGUUCAUUCCUAUAAGGUUUGUCCAGGAGAACUUUCUACUGGAUUGUGUCCCAAUUUCAUUAGUGGAUGGGGUGUGAAGGAAUGCCAUUUCUGCCUCCAUAUCAAAAUGCCUUGGCUUAUUGGUCCUGAUUGGAUGGGGUACAAGGAACAUAGUCAGGGCUGGGGUUGCCACGGAAUUUCUUAGCUGCCCUUCACCAUAAGGUCUCAGGCCAGGUUACAACAAUAUAAAAAUAAAAUAUUAAAAUUAGCAUGCAG